UUUGACGUCCGUUAGUCAGUCAACUAGUUAUUAUACGCGGCUUUCGCUUUCAUUACAAAAUCUCAAAACCCUAAAGAAGAUAUUCGCUCCGUCGUUAAUCGGAAUAUUAAUAUCAAAUCACACGCAUCUCCGUCAAGCAUCUCAGAACUUGUAUAGAUGGCAGCAAAACCGCUUACAACUGCCGCAAUCGCAAUGACAGAGAAGAAAAUGGACAUGUCAUUAGAUGAUAUUAUCAAGAUGUCGAAGAAUGGAACCGGUGUUAAUAAAGACAAGAAGCAACGAGUUCCUAACAAGAAUCAGAAAUUUGCAAACAAUGUUGUUCAAGAUAGGUCAAUGAAGUUGCGCCGCUAUAUGGAUACAAGAUCAUCUCUUAGACAGGGUGCUCUUGGUCAAAGGAGAACCAACUUUCAAGGUAACCAAUUUCCUUUGGCGGCUGGGGCUGCUAGAAAGGCUGCAGUUGCUCCUCUUCGCAAUAAUAACUUCAAUCGGAACCAGACGGUUACUUCAUAUAGACCAAGGGCUGUGGCUCGACCCGUUCAAAAUAGGGCUUCAAACGGAGGAGGUUUUGCUGUCAUGAAACAACAAGGGAAAGUGGUGCCAAAACAGAAGGGUCAGACUUUGGAUUCAUUAUUUGCAAACAUGAAGGAGCAACGGAUGAAGGUGGUGUUAUCUCAGCAGCACCACAACAACAACAGCAAUGUAGGGAGAAGAAAUGGGCCUGGACAACAAAGGCCCAGACCCCCAUGGGCCAGAUAUCACAACUGAUUAUCCACCAGUAGGCGUCCUGCAAAUUUGCCAUUUUAGUUACUUCUUCUAUGUUCUAUCUGGGUAAAGGCACAAAUGUAGUCUGAAUCGGUUCAACGCUCUAAACAUUGUUUUCCUUUGCUACGUUGGUUGAUUUGUGUUAUUUUCUUCCUAUAAUCAUAGAGUGGUGUGUUUAAUAGAUGCUAGGAUCCUUGUAAUUCUUGUGGUGUUUUUUAACUUCUAUAAAAAUCAGAGUGGAAGCAUGGGUUACUUUAAAA